AUGUCCUUCCACUACCCUCCCAGAAACCCGUCGCUGUCUCCCCAGCCUCCCCUCGAGAAUAACUCCUGGCGUACGAGUCGCAGUCCGGGACCAAAGCUAGGCGGAUACGGACUUUCGCAGUCCUCUGGGGUGUCUAACAAUCUAUCCACAUUCUUUGGUGACGGUCGUACCCUUCCCAUGUACAAAGAUAAGCCGUACUUUGCGCCUCGGCGCACGGGCCCAAAAGUUAGGCAGAGGAGAGUUCUCUACGGCGGACUUUGUCUAUUCUUUCUAGUUUCGCUGUGGUAUUUUAUGUCUGGUAACUGGGCCAGUUCUGAGAUAAAGACGCCAGAGUCGAAGGAAGGAGAAAAGCUCUGGGAUUGGGUGCAGAGCUUGGACAAGGAACCAGCCUACAAUGGUGAAGAACUCAAGGGUAUCGACUGGGCAUCCAGGCGAGAGAAAGUCAGGGAUGCAUUUAUCGUUAGCUGGGAUGACUACGCGAAGAAUGGGUGGGGGCUGGACCAAUAUCGUCCAGUUGCUAAGGAUGGCAAAAACAUGGUCGAAGGUGGGCUGGGCUGGAUAAUCGUUGACGCGCUUGACACGAUGAUAAUGAUGAACCUCACGUCACGGGUCCAGCAUGCCCGUGACUGGAUUCAUCAUUCGCUACAAUACAAUCAGGACCAUGAUGUCAGCACCUUUGAAACAACCAUUCGCAUGUUAGGCGGUCUCUUGUCAGCACAUUACCUUUCCACCACCUAUACAGAUCUGGCUCCAGUCUCGGGCGAUGAGGACUUGUAUAUCGAGAAGGCAACCGACCUCGCAGAGCGGCUAUCAGGAGCGUUCGAGUCAAACUCUGGGGUACCGUACGCCAGCAUCAAUCUCAAAACGUCGCAGGGGAUACCGGCACACUCGGAUAAUGGCGCUUCUUCUACAGCCGAAGCGACGACUGUGCAGCUCGAGUUCAAGUAUUUAGCCAAAUUGACCGGGGAAGCAGAAUACUGGCGGAUGGCGGAGAACGUGAUGAAAGUGGUGGAUGGGUCGAAAAUGGAAGAUGGUCUGGUUCCCAUCUAUAUCUACCCAGACACUGGCAAAUUCAGAGGGAACAACAUCCGCCUCGGUAGUAGAGGUGAUUCCUACUAUGAAUAUCUCAUCAAGCAGUAUCUCCAAACAUCGGAACAGGAGCCGGUCUACAAGGAGAUGUGGGAUGAAGCGCUAAUUGGUAUCCGCAAGCACUUGAUUGCGUAUACGAAGCGCGCCCAGUUGACGAUUUUGGGAGAACGGCCCGAGGGCCUAGAGGGAAAACUCUCGCCCAAAAUGGAUCACCUUGUUUGCUUCUUACCCGGAACGAUUGCGCUCGGCGCAACCGGGGGAAUACCACUAUCGCAAGCGAAAAAGUCUCCCAAUUGGAGUCAGCGGCAUGACGAAGAGAUUCUCCUCGCCAAAGAGCUCAUGAAGACGUGCUGGGCGACCUACCUCGCUACAAAGACAGGUCUUGCGGCUGAAAUCACCUACUUUAAAAUGGACAAUCCCCCAGUCAUGAUGCAAGAUAUGUACCCAGAGUCCACUCUAUUCACCGGCAACCGAAAAUCUCAACAAGAAGACCUUCCUCUGAAGUCCAAGCCGCUCUACCCGUUAGACGAUAAAACACUCAAAUGGGAAGACGACCUCGACAUCCACAUGCAAGACCGACACAACCUCCAACGUCCCGAGACCCUCGAGUCUCUCUUCUACAUGUACCGAAUCACCGGCGAUGAAACCUAUCGUCACUGGGGGUGGGAGAUGUUUAAGUCAUUCAUCCGACACACCGCUAUCGUCGGGCAUGACAACCAUCACUCCGAUCCCAUAUCAGAUAAGCCUGCCGAACCAAGCCGGUCGCGAAUCAUUAGCUUCACCUCCCUAAACAACGUCAAUGUCAUCCCGCCCACCCGCAGAGACAACAUGGAGAGUUUCUGGAUGGCAGAAACCCUCAAGUACUUCUAUCUACUCUUCUCAGAUCGCGACUUCAUUCCACUCGAGGAGAACGUCUUCAACACUGAGGCGCACCCAUUCCCCCGGUUCAAGUUAGGGGGAGAGCUGAAGACGGGAUGGGAGCGAAAGGGUAAUGAAGCUGAAUCGGUGCCGCAGUCAGCACCGCAGGAGCAGGAGCAAGCUCCCUGA